ACUCUACUCCUUCUUGACUUCUUUCUCGUGAAAUCUUUUUCUUUUCUUCUUCAUAUCUAGGUCAGUGACAAAUAUCGUGAAACGAAAACAAUUAACGUUCGACAACCGGCAAUUGUUCUAAUGCAUCCAGAAGAUACUGGUUCAUUACUCAGAGAGCCAGUGACAGCUGAGCAAAGACAAACAAAUGCCUAUUGGCGUAAACGUGCAUUUAUUUAUGUCAUGGGUCCUGAUGAAUAUUUUCACAAACGACAACGAACAGAUCAAGAUAAUCAGCCACCUUCGAAUCCGAGUAGUGGUCAUGAUAGUACAACAGAUUCAUCGAUGACAAGCAAUGAAGAACGUACAGGUGGUCAAGAUGACAUUGAUGAUAGGAUCAAACGCGUCAAAGAACAUAAUACCAAAAAAUAA